UUGAGACUUUGUCGAGGCAAUGUAGGGUAAUUAAUGCAUUCAUUUGGUAAUAAAACAAACUUUAUUUAUUCUUCUAUGAAUUUCCUUCUUGCAAGGUACAUUUACAAAAGUGGAGCUAACAUAAUCUUUGGUAUCAGAAUCUUUGUAUGCUAAAUUGAAAAUGAAAGGUUAUCACCAGCUGACAUUGGUUCUGUUGAUCGUGGAUUUUUCCGUUUUACAUCUUGUGCUAGCUCAAGACCAAUCAGGUUUCAUCAGCUUAGACUGUGGGUUACCCCCUAAUGAGUCUCCAUAUAAUGAAUCCUCAACUGGCUUAACAUUCUCAUCUGACGCUGAUUUCAUCCAAAGUGGAAAAGGCGGUCAAAUCGGUAAAGAUUGGGAUUAUGGUUUCAAGCAGUAUAAUGCCUUGAGAUAUUUUCCAGAUGGAAUACGAAACUGUUAUAAUCUAAGUGUCAACCAGGGCAUCAACUAUCUAAUUAGAGCUGGGUUUGCAUAUGGAAAUUAUGAUGGCCUUAGCAUCUAUCCCAGAUUCGAUAUAUACAUCGGGCCUAAUUUGUGGACAUCGGUGCAUACGUUCAGCCAAAAUGACAUUGAGAUCAUUCACACGGCAAGGUCAAACUUCUUGCAGAUAUGUCUUGUCAAGACAGGAACAACAACACCAAUUAUAUCAACGUUGGAACUACGACCAUUAAGAAAUAACUCUUAUUCCACACAAUCAGGCUCCUUGCAACUCAUAUAUCGGCGGUUCAAAAGAAGCCGUGAUUUACGGUAUCCUGAUGAUGUCUACGAUCGUAAAUGGGAGUCAUGCUUAUGGUUUGAUGAAACAGAAAUAAACACCACACUCACUUUGAAUGGGAAUUCAUCUAACCCAUUUGGUGUACCAAAACUUAUAGCUUCGUCAGCUUCAAUGCCUGAAAACGCAAGUGACCCAUUGACCUUUUAUUUGUCUCCUUCAAACCCCAGUGACAAAUUUUUUUUUUACCUUCACUUUGCCGAGAUCCAAGAUUUACAAGCCAACGAAACUAGGGAAUUUGACAUUAUAUUUGAUGGACACGUUACGAAUUCAGCGUAUAGUCCAAAGAAGUUACAAGUUGAUACCGUAUUCAACACAUUACCAAAGAUAUGUGAAGGUUUAUCGUGCAACUGGGAGCUGGUUAGAACUCAGAGAUCAACUCUUCCACCGUUGCUUAACGCUGUAGAGGCUUACAAGGUCGUGGAGUUUCCAUAUUCCGAAACAUAUCCAACGGAUGUCGCUGCAAUGAUGAACAUUCAAACCGCUUAUGGAUUGCGCAUAAUCAGCUGGCAAGGAGAUCCAUGCGUCCCGGUACAAUUGAAAUGGGAAGGUGUUGAGUGUAGCUAUACAGAUAUGUCUACUCCACCAAGAAUCAUUUCUUUAGACUUACGAUCAAAAGGGCUAAGCGGGACCAUAGUGCCUGCACUGCAGUAUUUGACCGAGCUACAAAGACUGGACUUAUCAAAUAACAGUCUAUCUGGAGUGGUUCCCGAAUUCCUAGCAACCAUGAAAUCAUUGAUGAUCAUGUAAGAAAUGAACACAAACACUGCCUGUCUCAUAUUUUUUUGCACUAAUUGUACUGAAUAUCAUGUAACUUUAUUUCUCGACAGAAACUUAUGUUGGAACAAGCUAAACGCUAGUGUUCCUCAAGCCCUUCAUGAUAGAGAAAAGAAAGGGCUCCAGUUAAUGUAAGAUUUGUUAAUUUUGAUUAUUUUACAUUGCUAUAUUAAGAUUUCUAGCACUUGUGGUAUGUAGGAUUAAAGGAAACCCAAAGCUUUGUACGGAUGAUAGGUGCAAAUUUAAAAACAAGAAAAUUUUGGUACCAGUUGUUGCGUCGGUUGCUAGAUUGGUCCUUAUUAUACCGCUGCUAGUACUCAUUUUUAUGUGCACAAAGAAGAAUAUGCGGAAAGGUACUAAAGAGAUAUAUAUAGUUAGUGUAACAUGAAUCAAGGCUUUUAAAUCCCACUGAAAUUAGUUAUAAUGUUGUUAUCUAUGCAGCUCGAAACCAACAGCCGAUUAAGUCGCCGAUUUUAACAACGAAAAUAAGGUUUACAAACCCCAAGCUCCAGGCCAUGACAAAUAACUUUGGAAGAGUUAUUGGAGAAGGAGGGUUUAGGACCGUCUAUCAUGGUUUUUCUCGUUCUAUAUGGAAGGUUCUUGAACUUGCAGUAUCAUGUGUAAUUCCUUCUUCAGCGGGAAGACCAAACAUGUCGCAUGCUGACAAUCAGUUAGAUGAGUGUCUUCUUUAUGAGAAUUCUAAGAAUUUAGAAAGAUUCAAAGAUUUCUAUUGAAGAGAGCAUGUCUUUCGCACAAAUAUCCCCUAAUUGGCGCUAAGAGCUGCUCAA